GGAUUCGGCCGUUUGAGAUCCCACCAUGAAGAGCCUCUUCUCGUUCGGGUCAGCGGUCGACGUCUCCGUGGUCUUUGACGGUGCGAGCAGCCGCGCGAUGGACGGCGACCUCCAGAUCUUCUCGCCCGACGAAGCCGUCUCGGGCCGCGUGCUUGUCGCAGCCAAGAAGCUCGAGCACGUGGGCAUCAAGGCCGAGCUGCUCGGCGUCAUCGAGAUGACGCAGGAAAAAGGGUACCCGUUCGAGUUUACGUCGUCCGUGCGCGAGCUCGCCCCCGCUGGUGCCAUCGACGAGGCCCAGGAAUUUGGCUUUAGCUUUGGCAACGUCGACAAGCCGCACGAGUCGUACUACGGCAAGAGCGUCAAGCUGCGCUACUUUGUACGCGUGACCAUCGCGCGCAGCUACGCGACCAACGUGACGCGCGAGCAGGACUUCCUCGUGCACGUCCGUGGCGCUGCGCCAGAGAUGGACAGCGCCAUCAAGAUGGAGGUCGGGAUUGAAGACUGCCUCCACAUUGAGUUCGAGUACAACAAGGCCAAGUACCACCUCCAAGACAUUGUCGUCGGCAAAGUCUACUUCCUCCUCGUGCGCAUCAAGAUCAAGCACAUGGAGCUCUCGAUCAUUCGGCGCGAGGCCGCGGGUGGCGGCGCCGACAAGGCGAGCGAGACCGAGACCGUCUCCAAGUUUGAAAUCAUGGACGGCGCGCCCGUCAAAGGCGAGUCGAUUCCCGUGCGUGUGUAUCUCGGUGGCAUGCCGCUCACGCCGAGCUUCAAGAACGUCAGCAACAAGUUCUCGGUCAAGUACUUUCUGAACCUCGUGCUCGUCGACGAAGAGGACCGUCGCUACUUCAAGCAGCAAGAAAUCACGCUCUGGCGCAGCACGUAGCACACGCUCGUCUUCUUGCAUAUAUACUGUAUGGACGAUGAUGAGCAUCCUCCUCCUCAC